UUUUUUUUUUUUGAUUUACGUAGGCUGUCCGGUCAGUUUGCGCGCAUCACGACUAUUUCUCAUGGUUCACUGAACAUCCUGCAAGUCCAGGGGUAGAUUAGACACCGCGAAGGUAACAGGCGUGCACAUAAAAGGUCGAACCGGGACAGAAACGCAUCUUUAAUCAUAUUUAUGGUGUGGUUAGCUGUUGAUAGUUAAUGUUAAUGAUAUAUCCUGUGUAUCGAAUGAACAGAAGCCAUAAAUUUAAUUAUUUCGCGUUCCCUUGUCUGAAAAGAGCUGAGGAAGCCCGAUCUUUUACUGUAUCGUACGUGAAGAAAAAAUAGCCUUGUGAAAAUCGGUGGUAUCUUCCCUACACUAAACUGUUUUGCUUUGGGAUAGAUGGUUUGUGACUUCUUUAACAGACCUUACUUUACAAGCUGUGAGAGAGUUAAAACAGUUUUUUCAUAUCAAUUCUUAAUUAAAACAAAAGGGUUUUUUUCAUGUGUUUUACCAUGGGAAACAUUGAAGAGGGAAAGUCUUCCACUUCUGAUAAAUCUUCACCUGCACCACCGGAUCAGACCAAUAUUCAUGUGUAUCCUGAUGGGGCAGCUAUGCAGGCAUAUUAUGGCCCCCGAGUGGCUCUCCCACCAUAUUACAACUCGGCCGUGGCUUCUGGUCAUGCCCCUCAUCCUUAUAUGUGGGGCCUGCCACAGCCUAUGAUGCCACCUUAUGGGGCACCUUAUGCGACAGUCUACUCACAUGGAGUGUAUGCACAUCCGGCUGUUCCAAUUGUAUCCCAUCCUCAUGGUCCUGGGAUUGUGUCAUCUCCUGCAGCUGGAACCCUUUUGAGUGCAGAAACACCUACAAAAUCUUCAGGAAAUACUGAUCGAGGUUUAGUGAAUAAGUUGAAAGGAUUUGAUGGGCUUGCAAUGUCAAUAGGCAAUGGUAAUGCUGAGACUGUUGAGGGUGGGGGUAGGCUGUCUCAAAGUGUGGAGACAGAAGUUUCCAGUGAUGGAAUUGAUGGGAAUACAACUAGGGGAAAGAAAAGGAGCCGUGAGGGAACACCAACUGUUGCAACAGGUGGAGAUACAAAAAUGGAGUCACAUUCCAGUCCCCUUCCUAGAGAGGUGAAUGCAUCCACUGACAAUGUAUUGAGGGCAGCUGCUGCUCCUGGCAUGACCACAGCAUUGGAGCUUAGGAACCCUCCUAGUGUGAAUGCUGCUAAGACAAGUCCUACUACGAUUCCUCAAUCCAGUGUAGUCCUGCCCUCUGAAGCCUGGUUACAGAAUGAGCUGGAGCUGAAACGGGAGAAGAGGAAACAAUCAAAUCGAGAAUCUGCCAGAAGGUCAAGAUUAAGGAAGCAGUCUGAGGCUGAAGAACUUGCACACAAAGUUGAAGUACUGACCACAGAAAACAUGGCACUCCAAUCUGAAAUAAGUCAAUUUACAGAGAAAUCAGAGAAACUAAGGCUUGAAAAUGCUGCAUUAACGCAGGAGAAACUCAAGAAUGGACAAUUAGGACAUGCGCAAGAAAUGAUUUUAAACAUUGAUGAGCACAGGGCCCCAGCUGUUAGUACAGAAAACUUGCUAUCAAGAGUUAACAAUUCUGCCUUUGAAGAAGAGAGUGAUCUGUAUGAACGAAACUCAAAUUCUGGUGCCAAGCUGCAUCAACUCCUGGAUGCAAGCCCCAGGGCCGAUGCUGUGGCUGCUGGUUGAUGACACUAGUUCACUCCCAGUCCCUUGUUAUCUUGAAUUUCACGGCAACCGUGUAAUUUUGGCCUAAUUACAAGCCCAUAAAUACGGCUAACAGUUAGCAGUUGAUAGAAUGGCUAGAUAGGAUUGGCGUCUAUACUUGAGACUCGUGAUUUUGACAUGUUAAGUUAGCUUUCUCAAGGCAGAACUGAUACGUUUUAUCAAAUUCAGAGUGCUGGGAUGGCCACUCAAAGGUAAUGUACAUCGAAGAAAAUCAGGAACUAAGUGUAGGGAAGGUUUGGAAAAUAAUUUAUGAGUAUUCUGGAGUGUGCAAUUUUAACAAACAGUGACGUGGACACUGUUCGAUAUAUGUAUGGGAAGAUUGUGCUGCUUUAUAAGACGCUCGCUCUUGUUAUUAAGUA